GCGGCAAGCCGCAAAUGUCAACUAUUAACUAGACAUUUUUUGCCCUUGACGUUGUGUCGAUAAAUUCUCAAAAUUAUCUUUAAAAAAACAACGUGAUUGCAGAAUGGAGAGAGACCGAGGGUUCAACUUCAAACUGGUAGUACCGCCCAGAGCGAGUAAAGGACAGAUAUCUGCUGUUAGACCACAAGAAAUCCAUGAACGCUGUGGUGAUUUUGUGAGUACAUUAGACCAGGGCUACAGUAAAUGCUUCAACAAAGAGCAGAGUGUGAAUUUUGUCAACACAAGCAUGGUGGCACCAACUAAACCAACACUACAAGAUUUCCCCAUGAUGAAAGCCGUGCCGCCAAUGGAAAAAGAUGAGAAAAACUGCACUCCUGGACAGCUUUAUACCAAGCUGUUUGAUGAAGUAGAGAAAAUUAAGAGCUGGAAGAUCAAAGUAGACUUUGACACCUUGCAGAAGGAAAGGAGACUCCAAGAAAACAAAAGAACAAUUGAAACUCAGCGAAAAGCCAUUCAAGAGUUACAGUUUGGAAAUGAAAAUCUUAGCAUAAAGCUGGAGGAACAGAUCAGUGAAAAUGAGGAUCUGAGGAACAAAAACAACGCAACAAGGAACUUGUGUAAUAUACUCAAAGAUACCUUUGAGCGAUCAGCUGAAAAAAUGCAUUUAUUUGAAUCUGAGAGAGAAGAGACACAGCACACCUUCAUGGAAAACAGUGCAGGUAUUCAGAAAUUGAUUGCAGCAUUUGAAAGCCUUCGCAUUCAAGUCGAAGCUGAUCAGCAAGAGAUGCACCAAGUCAAAGAAGGCUUGCAGCAAUUUGAGAUCCUGAAAGAGAAAUUUACAGAAGAAUAUGACAUGAAAGAGAAAGAGGUGGCAGUUCUUCGAACAAAACUUGAAGAAAAGAAGAAUGAACUACAAAAGAUCCUACUUGACCUCCAUGAAACCCAGCAGCACUGUAAACUGCUUGAAGGAACAACAAAUGAACAACAUGAGCUUCUCAAAAGGUCAGAAGCUGGAAAGAAAUCCCUUCUUCAACAACUGCAGAGUGUGGAGAAGCAUUUGAAAGAAACUGAUGCGAAAUGCAAAGCUAUUGCUGCACAGCUUGAACAAAGCAAAGAAGAAUAUGAAGAGAUAAUUCGAAGCAAAGACAUAAGCUUACAGGAGCUCAGCAGAGAAAAAGCUCAACAAGCAGCAAAGCUGGAGCAGAUUCAGACAACUAUUCAGGAGAUAGAGAGCUCUUUAGCCAUGGAGAUACAGAAGGUCAAAGAACUUGAGGGUGAACUUGUAUCAAACAAGAAGGAGCUAGAGGAGACAAGUGCUCUUUUAGGAGAGACCAUGGAUCAGAGUGAAAAGAAAGAUGGGCAAAUCAAAAGCCUAGAGGAUGAACUGAACAAACAAUCAAAAUCUGUUGAGUCCAUGCAAGAUAAGCUUGCCAUAACUGAAGAUAAAGUGGAGGAUCUUGAAGCUGAACUUUCAAGGAAAAACAAAGAAGCGCAGUUAUUCAAGGAUAAAGCAGAUGUUGCAUCUACUGAAAAUGAUCUGCUGAAGAGGACAUGUGAGGCUUCCAAAAAAGAACAAGAAGAUAUAACGGAGAAAUCAGCAGCCAUAGGGAUCAAAGUGCAGGAGCUGGAGCAACAGUUGUUUUCCGAAAUAAAGAAAAAUAAAGAACACACCUGUCAGAUGGAGCAGUUGAGGAAAGACAUCACACAGCAUGAAAAAGAGUACCAAGAGCUGUUAUUCAACUUUAUUGGGCUACAGUCUGAGAAAAAAAUGAUUCAACAGCAGUUUGAGAGUGGAUCUGCUAAUGUGAAAGCUAUUGAGGAAAACUUGGAGAAGGAAAUUAAAGAAAAGUUUGAAUAUUUGCAAGAGGAAAUCACUGAACGGGAAAAACAAAUCAAAGCUGUGGAAACUAAGCUGGUCCAUCUCAGGAAAAAGCUUGAAAUCAAACUGAGAGCAAAUGAGGAAUUCCAGAAAGAGAACAAAGUGCUUAAAAAACAAAUAGCAAAGGAGACUGCAAAAUCCCAUGAGCUUGAAAAUGUGAUCAACAAUCUUUACGAGGAGUCCCAGAAUCUUAAGCAACUUAAUGCAAAAGACCGUCAGCAACUGCUUAAGGAUCUUGAGUCCAAGUCAACUUUUGCAGCAGAGCUGGAAAAUGAGGUUCAAAAGCUCAGAGGAACAACUAAAGAAGCCAUCAAGAACAAGGAGGAUGCGGAGCUCAAAUGCCAACAGAAGAUAACAGAUAUGGUCACUCUGAUGGAGAAACACAAGGGUCAAUAUGACCGGAUGGUUGAAGAAAAGGAUGCAGAGCUUGUUGAGAACAAAAAGAGAGAUAUGGAGGCAGUUGCCCAGAGGAAAUCCCUGGAGCUGGAUCUUUUGAAGGAGAAAGCAGAAAAUGAUCAACUGAAACAGCAGCUGAACACUGAAGAAUCAGAGAAGGCAAACCUGCAAAAGAAGCUUACUGAUCUGAAGAGAGAAAUGUCAUUGAUGAAAAUCAGAGUGCUGUCAGAAGCAAGAAAUAAUCAGUCUGCUGCCUUGAACUACACACAAGGGAAAAAUGCAGAGACUCCCAAAGAGAGCUUUUCUAAGAGACAGAUGUUCGACUUCUCCAAGUGCAGAUUUACUCCAUCCCAAAGUAAAGUCAAAGGAAGCACAGCACUCAUGAAGGUUGAUAAUAAAGAAUCUGAAGCUGAAUCUGUCAGAACUCCAUGUGGAACAACGCAGAAGAUUCAGGAAAGUCAAAAUGGAGACUUCAUGACCCCACAAAGUACCUUAAACAGAGUUGGAGGGACUUCAAAGAUCAAAGUAAUUAUGUUUGGGGUUUUUGUUGUUGUUUGUUUGUUUUUAGAUUUUGCAAGAGGAAUAAAAAUAUUUAUAACAUUAGCUGACAUUUACUCUUUCUUUCAGUCCUACAGAAUAAAGACACCCCCUUCUGCUGAAAAGGCUGCAUGUUGGAAGAAAAAUGCUAUUGAGCUUGACCCUAAGUCAGACAGCUCUAGUCUGAAUGAUCUCUUGGUCUUUGCAAGUGUACCAGAACCAAAUUUAUCUGCAUCGUCCUGCAAUCUAAACAUCCUCAAAAAGAUCCAGAGCCCAGUUCCUUAUAAAUCACCAGGCAACUCCCUGAAGCUAGCUGCCAUGAAAAGGAUGAGAGAUGCUGGGUGGACUGCUGUGACUGGCAAUGACAAAAAGAAGAAGAAGACCAAAGAGAAGAUCUUUGCUUAAAUAGGCCCGUU